CCACUCGUCACUGUCACUCAACUUUCACAACAUUCAACUUCAAAUGUUUGACGUUGUGUGCGUGCGUUCCCACUGUCCACCCUGCCAUGAAGUUCGCCAAGGAGCUGGAGCGCGAACUUGUCCCGGAGUGGCGCCUCAAGUAUCUGGACUACCGGGCUGGCAAGAAGAAGCUCAAGGCUAUCCAACGCGCACUCCGCGCCGUAAACCAGACCCCUCGCCUGCGCCGCCGUGGUGUAGGGGCAUUCGGAUCGUCGCCCGAUAAUGCUACGCCUCAAUAUGACUUCCUCAACCGGACUGAUCUGGACGGUUCAGAAGCGUUGGGAACGCUUGCCUUGGGCAAAAGCGCCUCCAGCUUGCGAUCGAAACUCAACGCUGGCUCCUCUUCUGAGGAAGAACCCUUAAAUAGCGUCCAACACCUGCAGAUCCCUGGGGCCACAAGAUAUGGGAGCAUAGAGAGGGCGCCUUCGCCUCACGCGGGCGAUGUCCACGAUGAACGCGGCAGAGCUCCGCCUUCUCUGAAGCUGCCAGGCGCUGCAUUGGAUGCCGAACAACCCUCUCCGCUGCCGGGCCCCUCCGCUGCCGAUGUGACCCAUGGGGCAAAACCCAAAUCUGUCCGGCUGCCUCCAGCGACGGAGAAUGCGUUGGAGAUCGGCACCAAGAGUUCGGCUCAUCAUAGGUCGUCCAGUCUACCAUUUCGAUACAGGAGCCUAUUGAACCCCAAACGCAUGAACUCUUCGUCGACGAUUCAACAAGUCGAGGAUUCGCGCCCUCUGUACAAACGGGUAUUCUCUUUGAACGGUAAACCAGGACCGCCUACACCAGGCGAUGUUCCGCUUGAGGCCUACCGCGAUUUGGACAUGCGGCAGGCGGACUUCUUCCACUUCCUGGACCUUGAAUUAGAGAAGAUCGAGACUUUCUAUAUGCAGAAGGAGGAAGAGGCUACGGAGCGUCUGCAGAUAUUACGAGAGCAAUUGCAUACAAUGCGCGAUCGCCGCCUACAUGAAUUGGUUGCUCGCCAAGCAGCAAAGAACAGGGCAAGGGAGAAGAAGAAAACCGCUGCCAGCGAAGGUCUUCUGAAAGGCCCACUCACAGGCUCUGAUGAUGAGCGGGGGCAAUCUGGUAGCAGAGGGGCGAUUCUCAAACAGGCAUGGCUGAACCCGAUAGACGCUGCGCUGAGAGCUGUAAAGUCAGGAAAAUAUGGCAAGUCAACAAAGGCUAUGGCAGCUCUGGCAACGCCGGCAGCAUUGCUCCCUCAACAUCCCUCCGAGUCACAUCGCGACUUUGUACGGAGGCCUGAAGCACAUGAUGUCCCUUACCAAACGGCUAGGAAGAAACUCAAAAUCGCUCUGCAGGAAUAUUACCGGGGAUUGGAGUUACUGAAAUCGUAUGCUUUAUUGAACCGGACCGCUUUCCGUAAGAUUAACAAAAAGUACGAUAAGACCGUCAACGCGCGUCCUACGAUGCGGUACAUGGCAGAAAAAGUGGAUAAAGCAUACUUUGUGCAAAGCGACGUACUUGAAGGGCACAUUCGCACCGUUGAAGAUCUCUAUGCAAGGUACUUUGAAAAGGGAAAUCAUAAAGUCGCUAUUGGGAAGCUUCGCAUCAAGAUGGCUCGAGCGGGUGACUACACAGAGCAUGCAUUCCGUAAUGGUUUGACUCUGGCCGCUGGACUCGUACUGGGUAUUCAGGGAUUGGUCUAUGCUUUCGAGUUACUGCACAGUCCCAAGUACCGCACCAACACAAGUUUUCUUAUGCAGCUUUAUGGUGGAUACUUCUUGAUGAACCUUUUAUUUCUCUUAUUUUGCCUAGCUUGCCGGGUUUGGCACCGGUCAAAGAUCAAUUAUGUCUUUGUUUUCGAGUUCGAUACCCGCCACCAUUUGGAUUGGAGGCAACUGUCAGAGCUUCCUUGCUUCUGUUUCUUUCUUCUGGGACUGUUCAUGUUCCUCAAUUUCAACGAGAUCGGUGGAGACGCCAUGUACCACUGGUACCCGCUCAUCUUGGUUACAGUCACGGCUUCCCUCUUGUUCUUGCCGCUUCCCAUUCUAUAUUUCCGCAGUCGGCAGUGGCUGCUAUACUCUAUGUGGCGCCUAAUCCUUGCUGGGCUCUAUCCAGUCGAGUUCAGAGACUUCUUCAUGGGAGACAUGUUUUGCUCACUCACAUAUGCAAUGGGCAAUGUUGCACUUUUCUUCUGCCUCUAUGGCAACGACUGGGGGAGUCCACCUCAAUGCAAUUCGAACCAUUCCCGUGCUAUCGGCGUCUUGACCGCCAUACCCUCCGUAUGGCGAGCUUUGCAAUGUAUUCGCCGUUAUUGGGAUACCGGGGAUGUGUUCCCACAUCUUGCGAACUGCGGAAAAUAUGUGGCCGGUGUCGUCUUCUACAUGACAUUGAGUAUCUACCGCAUAACGAAGGACGACACCAACCGAGCUGUGUUCAUUACAUUCGCCAUCAUCAAUUCGAUUUACACCAGUAUAUGGGACGUAGUUAUGGACUGGAGUCUCGGAGACCCCUAUGCCAAAAACAAAUUCCUGCGCCCGACCCUAGGCUACAAGAGGGUCUGGCCCUACUACGUCGCCAUGAUCACUGACCCAAUCCUCAGAUUCAGCUGGAUCCCGUACGCCAGCAUUCCUAUCCAGCUCCAACAUUCCGGCAUAACUUCUUUCCUCGUCUCCCUCUCCGAGAUCUUCAGACGCGGCAUGUGGACCCUCUUCCGCGUCGAAAAUGAACACUGCACGAAUGUGGGACUCUUCCGGGCAGCGAAAGACGUCCCUCUUCCCUAUGACAUUCCCACCCCAGAAGAAGAAACUGAAGAACAGAGAAUACAUCGUCACCCACAAGUCGCUGAUCACAUACCCCAAGUAUUUGACCGCCAUGGGCGCUAUUAUCAUGAUCAACGUCCUGGAACUGCCCCCUUACCCGGGGCGCCUCUAUCACACGCCCAGACGUUCGCUUCUCCAGCUGAGGUCGAGGAGCAACGCCUGCGCCAACGUACCCGUUCAUCGAUACGGCGCCGCGCCAACUCGGAACCAGAAGUAGUCGUUACUCUAACCCGUGGCCUCAGCCGCGUAGGUACUAUACUCCGGGAUGCUCACGCGAAGGACUUUGAACGCAAGAGGAAGCCUGAGGUAGGGCGUUCGCAGAGCGGGAGGUCGUCGUUUCGGUAUCCGGCUAGUGGACCGGAGGAAUCGGAGGAUGAUGAGGAGGACGACGAUGAUGAUGAUGACGAGGACAUUGGGCGGGGGCGGAGGAGUGGGGCAACCUCACGAGAUGAGGAUGAAAUGGCUGCGGCAGAUUUGGCAGAGAGAGGGGCAGCUGGGAGUGCAGGGGAGAGUAGUAGGACCGCAAAUGGCAGUGCAGAUAGGCAGGGUAGUUCAUAAGAGGGAAUUGAUACCCAAGAGUGAUGGGUGGGAUAGCU